GACAAAGUGGCGGAGCUGCCGGCCGGCCCACAGCCUCCUUUCUUUGAGAAGAAUCUCUUCAAUCUGAUUGGUCCACCGGGUGUUGACAAAAAACCAGACAACAGCAGCUUUGGAGACGUCCUGGAGCAGGUGUCCCCCGUCUACCGACAGGGGGACGUUGUCUCGGUCACGUUCAUAGCAGGGAACCCUAGGAACUCAGGGGACAUCAGAGACAAACCGUUUGUUACCGUGGAGAUUCAUGAUAACAGGACAAACCACUGGGACGUUGUCUACACUGAUGCAUCAUGGGAGACCAGGUUCCACUGGCUGAAGGGGUCCAACCAGCAGAGCAACGCCACCGUGGAGUGGCAUGUCCCCCCCGAGGCCCCCAGCGGGUCCUACCGGAUCAGGCACUUUGGACACUACCGGCAGAGGAAGGGCCUGCAGGCCGUCAUCACGCCGUACCACGGCACGUCCCACGUCUUCACCGUCUCCGCCAGCUUCUACUAUCACUGAGACCAACGAGACGGCUGAAGACUUAAAGACACAGCGCGGGACAGAAGUAUAAAGAUCAUCUAGGGACAGACAUGUAAAGAUCAUCUAGGGACAGACAUGUAAAGAUCAUCUAGGGACAGACAUGUAAAGAUCAUCUAGGGACAGACAUAUACAGAUCAUCUAGGGACAGAC